AUGGAAACUAGAGAAGCUCUUGUUUACACUCUCAUCUCCAUCUUUCUUUCUCUUCAAUUCUUGUUUUGGCGAUUCCUACGACCGCGUUACACUGCGGUUACGUCUGCCCCGCAUCUGUCCGGCCACUCUCUGACUGCUGAUAGCGUUGACUCUGAGUUCAUGUUGUAUAUGGUCCAUAAGUCUAAGUCCGUCAAUAAGGCAUUGGACGAGGCCAUUCCACUUUGCGAGCCAGUACUCAAGAUCCGCGAGGCCAUGAGGUACACGCUUCUCUCAGGCGGAAAACGUGUAAGGCCAAUGCUCUGUUUGGCUGCAUGCGAGCUCGUGGGAGGCCAAGAGUCGAACGCGAUGCAGGCUGCAUGUGCCACUGAGAUGAUCCAUGCGUCGUCCCUCAUCCAAGAUGAUCUUCCUUGUAUGGAUGACGACAGUCUCCGUCGUGGAAAACCCACCAACCAUAAAGUCUUUGGCGAGGAUAUAGCCGUCUUGGCCGCUGAUGCGCUCAUAGCUUUGGCCGUCGAGGAGGUGGCUACAUCAACUUUGCAAGACGUUCCCCCAGAUAAGGUUCUCCGAGCCCUUUUGGAACUGGCGAAAGCCGUGGGACUAGAAGGGCUUGUGGCGGGUCAAGCGGCAGAUAUGGCCGGAGAAGGUAUGAGCUUUGAAGAUGACGAAAAAGCCAGAUUGGAACAUCUUGAGUUUAUACAUGUUCACAAAACGGCUGCGUUGCUUGAAGCAUCGGUUGUUAUGGGAGCUAUAAUGGGAGGUGGUUCUGAUGAAGAGAUCGAGAAGCUUAGGAGAUACGCGAGAUGCGUUGGGUUGAUGUUUCAGGUGCUUGAUGAUGUGCUUGAUGUGACUAAGUCAUCGAAGGAGCUUGGUAAAACCGCCGGGAAAGAUUUGGUAGCCGGAAAACUGACUUAUCCGAGAGUGAUUGGAGUGGAGAAGUCGAGAGAAUAUGCAGAGAGGUUGAACAAAGAAGCGAGGGAACAUCUUCAUGGGUUUGAUUCGGAUAAGGUGGCUCCUUUGUUGUUUCUUGCUGAUUACGUUGUCAAAAGGCAAAACUGA